AUGGCAGGCAUCCAGGUGGCCGUGCUGUGCCUGCUGCUGGCUGCGCAGCUGCAGCUGGUGGUGCCACGGGCGCUGCGGCUGCAAAUGCGGGACCGCGGCCGCAUCGUCGGCGGCUCCGAAGCCAGCAUCGAGGACUUCCCGUGGACGCUGGCCCUGCUCUACGCCGGCGUGCAGUCGUGCGGGGCCUCCAUAAUCGGCUCCCAGUGGGCGCUGACUGCAGCCCACUGCUUCGUGUUCCCACAGGUCGAGGUCUACGACGUGCGCGCCGGCUCCUCCAGCCGCGGCAGCGGCGGCACCGUCCUGUACCUGGCCGAGCUAUACGAACAUGAACUACACGACGACACUUCUGGUGACUACGACAUCACAGUAAUACGGACUGCCGAUCCGUUCCCGCUGGGCACCAACGUGGCUGUCGCGAACCUUCCAGAGGACGGGUACGACCCGCCAGCUGGCCUCGCGGUCACAGUGACCGGUUGGGGGGACACGGAGACGGGCGACACACCGGACACACUGCGGAAAGUGGACAUCAGCGUCAUGGACCGCUCCGCCUGCGACGGUAUUUCGCCCACCGGUCGCGAGGUGACCCCGCGCAUGCUGUGCGCCGGCGAGGCAGGCAAGAGCGUGUGCUACGGGGACUCCGGGAGUCCACUCGUAAGCGGCGGCACACAGGUGGGCAUCGCGUCGUGGGGGAGUAGCGACUGCGAGGCUGCAGGCGCCGUCUACGUCAACGUGGGCAACUUGAGCUCCUGGAUUACCAGUAUCUCGGGCGUGUGACAGCCUGAACAGAACACUUGGAAACCUACCCAGUCAGAGCAGUAGCUUCUGAGUUUUGCUCUCACCUUCUGAAACAUAACUGAAACGAGACAGUGAUCCAAAGGAAACAAUUCCUUUGUCAGAUUUCUUACUCUAACAAUUGAACAAACACUAAGCUGUUUUGUUACCUAAUCAUGUUAAUAAACUACAUUCUCUUGUGGAGUUUUCGUAACUAAAAUUGUACCCGAAGUCUGUGCUACUGUACUGUAUUGAAAUGUUCGGAUGUCCAUCAACAGAAUCCCAGUUCUUGACUUCCACAAUAAUUUCUAGUUUCGUCCUAGUCACCCUAGAAUAUGAGCGAGAUAGGACGCCCGAUACCGUUACAGGAAGUGUCCUUGGUGCCACGAGCCAUCUGCAGCUUGAGAUAUAUCAGUAUCGAUUAUCGAUUACUGAAGCAAAGUAGAUGGCG